CGGAUUGCGUCGUUUAUUUUUCACCAUCGGAAACGUAAAAGACCGAGACUCGAAACGCAUGUUGUUUUGUCAAUUUGUGACCUGCGAAAUUGUCGAUUGAAUUGUAUAAUUUAGGUUGUGUAUUAAAAAAUACCUGACCAGGAGACGGGAGGAGAACGACGAAAAAGAUACGAUAUGGGACGGUUUUUAUUCUCAACUGUAAACUUGGUUUGGAAAACUUUCCCUAGACAUUACUGUGCUGCUCAGGCUGCUAAAAGUAACCUUAGCCAACUACGAAAGAAAACGGGUAUACCACUGAAGAAUUGCAGAGCUGCACUUGAGAAAUUUGACAACAACCUAGAGGAGGCAGAAAAAUGGUUGAUAGAACAAGCACAGAAAGAAGGUUGGGCCAAAGCAGACAAGUUACAGUCCCGCCCGAUGUCCCAGGGGUUAGUGGGGGUUUUGCAGUCCAGAGCAGGAGCCACCAUGGUUGAGGUGAACUGUGAGACAGACUUUGUGGCCAGGAAUGAGAAGUUCCAGGAGUUGGUGUACCGCCUCACCACUGCCUGUCACGACAACCUACAGCAGGAUACAAAUAAGAAAUUCCUACAACAUGAUGCUGUAAAUGACUUGCCCUAUGAGGACAAAAAAAUGUCUGAUGCCGUAGCUUUGGAGGUUGGUACCAUUGGUGAAAACAUGCGCCUACGCCGGGCUAUAUUCCUUCCUAAAUUAGAGGGACAGUUUCUGAACUCGUAUGUUCAUAACUCAGACAAGAAGGUGGUUAUUAAUGACUGUCACAUGGGAAGGUUUGGGACUCUACUGAGUGUACAGCAUACAUUAGGAACAGAUUCAGAGGAGUCCAUAGAAACAGUCACCAAAGAUUAUGAUGUAACAAGAACCACGGAUGUCUUGUUGACAACCUCAGCACCAAAACAACCUCCGUUUCUCUGGUCGCACUGGUCCACGGCGAGGAAGGAACAAGUUGGUAGCAGGAGCUUUCAUACCUCCUCAGUGCGAGAUAAAAACCUUACGCACACUGACAGUAGCGGCAAAGCAAAAAUGGUUGAUGUCGGCGACAAAGAAAACUCGGUCAGAACUGCAGUGGCCUGUGCAUCUAUUUAUUUGGGAGAAGAGGCGUUCUAUUUAGUCGAGGCAAACAAAACCAAGAAAGGGGAUGUUCUCUCUGUGGCUCAGUUAGCAGGGAUAAUGGCUGCCAAGAAAACUGGAGAGCUAGUGCCACUAUGUCAUAACAUUGGACUGAGUAAAGUAUCAGUGGACCUGACACUGUACAAACACAACUACUCUGUUUAUAUUGAAUGUGAGGCUAAAACUGUAGGAAAGACUGGGGUAGAGAUGGAGGCCAUUACUGGUGCCUCUAUGGCAGCUAUCACAGUAUAUGAUAUGUGUAAGGCUGUCAAUAGGGAAAUGGUGAUAUCUAACAUAAGGUUGCUUAGUAAGAAAGGGGGGAAAAGUGGAGAGUACCAGUUUGUUCCUGAAUAAAAUCUUCUUACUCUAAAAAA